AUGGCUUCCCUCAAAGGUCCUGGCGCUGCCCAGAAGCACGAUGGCUCCGGUCUUCGAGUGGCCAUCGUCCAUGCUCGAUGGAACACCACCAUGAUUGAAGCCCUGGUCAGCGGUGCAAAGAAGACAUUGCUCGCCUCGGGUGUGAAAGAGGAGAACAUCGUCCUUGAGUCGGUUCCUGGAUCCUACGAGCUACCCUUGGCGGUGCAGAGAAUAUACGCUGCCUCUCAGAUACAAAGUGCGACAAGCACAGUGGCAGGUGGAGUGGGCAGUUUGGCCAGUGGCAUUGGUGACUUGCUUGGUGGAAGUAACUCUACCACAGAUCUACAGGGGAGCUUACAGCCAGCGGCACCAAAGGAAGAACCAAAGGGUUUGAGACAUGCUUUUGAUGCCAUCAUCGCCGUUGGAGUCCUCAUCAAAGGGGAGAGCAUGCAUUUUGAAUAUAUUGCUGAUGCUGUCAGCCAUGGUUUGAUGAAGGUUCAGCUGGACACUGGUGUACCUGUCAUCUUUGGACUUUUGACCAUUCUCAAUGAAGGUCAGGGCUUGGCUAGAGCAGGUCUCGAAGGUGGUACGGGUAAGGAAGCCAAGGGACACAAUCACGGUGAAGACUGGGGUAAUGCUGCGGUCGAGUUGGGUGUCAAGCGGAGAGCUUGGUCGGAAGGGAAAAUUGCAGAAAUCUGA